AUGUCCCGUGAUUGUGAAAACACGGUUGUGGGGUGUGGAGCGGUGUCGGUGGAUUUCUUGGCUACUGUUGCAGCUUUUCCGAAACCAGAUGCCAAAAUCAGAAGCACUUCCUUCAAGGUUCAAGGAGGUGGAAACGCAGGCAAUGCCUUAACCUGUGCCUCUCGCUUAGGCCUCAAACCAAGACUAAUUUCCAAGGUUGCAGGUGAUACUCAAGGCCGGGAUAUAUUACGUGAGCUACAGGUUGAUGGGGUAGACACAUCCUUCAUGGCUGUUUCUCAGGAGGGCAUUUCACCAUUUACGUAUGUCAUUGUGGAUAGCCAAACUAUGUCCCGUACUUGUAUACACACCCCUGGAUUUCCACCAAUGAAGCCAGUUGAUCUUCCUAUGUCAAGUUUACUAACUGUAUUGAAUGGAGCAAGAAUUGUUUAUUUUGAUGGGAGAUUGCAUGAAACAGCUCUAGUUGUUGCACAUGAGGCAGUUAAGAAGAAUAUACCUAUCCUAAUGGAUGCAGAAAGGCUGAGAGAAGGGUUGGAUGAUCUCCUGAAAUUAUCAGAUUAUGUUGUGUGUUCUGCACAGUUUCCACAGGUAUGGACAGAGGCAUCAACAGUUCCUAAAGCACUAGUUUGUAUGCUUUUAAGGUUGUCCAACAUCAAAUUUGUGAUUGUAACUUUGGGAAAAGAUGGGUGCAUAAUGCUUGAGAGAAGUGUUAAUGAGGAUCCUUCUGCUGAAGAAGUGGACGUUGACCAAUUACUGGAAUCCCUAGAGAUAAGAAAGAACAGUACCACACACAUCCCAACCUGCAUAUCAUCAUCAGUGAAAAAAUUGCAUACUGAAGGUAUAGGAACGGUUUUUGGCAAGUUAUAUGUUGGAACAGCUGAGAACAUACCACCAUCAGAGCUUAUUGAUACAACUGGUGCUGGAGAUGCAUUUAUUGGAGCUGUUAUCUAUGCUAUCUGUGCCAACUUCACGCCAGAGAAAAUGCUGUGCUUUGCUGCUACUGUGGCUGCUUCCAAGUGCAGAGCUAUAGGAGCAAGAACUGGUCUCCCUUACCACACGGAUCCAUGUCUGGCAUCCUUCACGCAUUAG